GCCGGGCCGGGCAGCGGUCGCGGCGGGGGCCGGCAGUGCCCUCCCCGGAGCGGCGGCAGGAGGACGGGAGGGAAGGACGCGCUGACAGAGCAGGCAGCAGCCAGCACGCCGUUCGAAGAUGUCGGGUCAGACGCUGACAGAUCGCAUCGCAGCUGCUCAGUACAGCGUUACGGGAUCGGCCGUAGCCAGAGCCGUCUGCAAAGCCACCACGCAUGAAGUGAUGGGGCCCAAGAAGAAGCACCUGGACUACUUGAUCCAAGCAACCAAUGAAACAAACGUGAACAUCCCUCAGAUGGCCGAUACACUUUUUGAGCGAGCAACGAAUAGUAGCUGGGUGGUCGUGUUCAAAGCCUUAGUCACCACACACCACCUAAUGGUCCAUGGCAAUGAGAGAUUUAUUCAGUACCUGGCAUCUAGAAACACAUUGUUCAAUCUCAGCAAUUUUCUGGACAAAAGUGGAUCUCAUGGUUAUGAUAUGUCCACAUUUAUAAGGCGUUAUAGUAGAUAUUUGAAUGAAAAAGCAUUUUCCUACAGACAAAUGGCAUUUGACUUUGCAAGAGUGAAGAAAGGAGCUGAAGGUGUAAUGAGAACAAUGGCUCCUGAAAAACUGCUGAAGAGUAUGCCAAUAUUACAGGAACAAAUUGAUGCACUACUUGAAUUUGAUGUUCACCCAAAUGAACUGACAAAUGGUGUCAUAAAUGCUGCAUUCAUGCUUCUGUUUAAAGAUCUCAUCAAACUUUUUGCUUGCUACAAUGAUGGGGUUAUUAACUUACUAGAGAAAUUUUUUGAAAUGAAAAAGGGACAAUGUAAAGAUGCUCUUGAAAUCUACAAACGGUUUCUAACUCGAAUGACCAGAGUAUCAGAGUUUCUUAAAGUUGCAGAGCAAGUUGGAAUUGACAAAGGUGAUAUCCCUGAUCUUACACAGGCUCCCAGCAGUCUCAUGGAGACCCUUGAGCAACAUCUAAACUCACUGGAAGGAAAAAAACCUGGCAACAAAUCUGGGGCUCCUUCUCCUCUGAGCAAGUCUUCUCCAGCCACAACUGUUACAUCUCCUAGUUCUACUCCAGCAAAGACUAUUGAUACAUCUCCUCCAGUUGAUCUUUUUGCAACUUCCUCUACAGCUGCUCCAGUCAGCUCUUCCAAGCCAUCCAGUGAUCUCUUGGAUCUUCAGCCAGAUUUUGCUGGUACUGGGCAGGCAGCUCCAGCACCUGCUCCUGCGGGCGCUGCUGCUGCUGCUGCUGCUGGAGGCACUUCGUGGGGAGACCUCUUGGGAGAGGAUAAUCUGGCUGCACUUUCCGGCGUUACCUCGGAGCCGCAGAUUUCCGAUCCGUUUGCUCCAGAGCCUACUGCGGCUACUGCUCCAACCACCGACACUGCAACUACUACAGCUGCUGCCACCACAGCUACCACUGUCCCUGCUGCCACUGCUGAAGUGGAUCUCUUUGGAGAUGCCUUUGCAGCUUCUCCUGGGGAAGCCCCUGCAGCAGCUGAAGGGGCAGCAGCACCAGCUACCCCAACCCCUGUAGCAGCAGCUCUUGAUGCAUGUUCAGGAAAUGACCCCUUUGCCCCAUCCGAAGGUAGUGCAGAGGCUGCUCCUGAGCUGGACCUCUUUGCUAUGAAGCCAACAGAGACUGCUGUUCCUGUAGUUACCCCUACAACUAGUGCAGCCACUCCAGUUCCUGCAACAACUCCUUCUCCAGCUGCUGCUGUUGCUGCUGCUGCUACUGCUACUACAGCUACUGCCACUACCACCACUACUGCCACCACUUCUGCUACCGCCACCACCUCCGCUCCUCCUGCUCUAGAUAUAUUUGGUGAUUUAUUUGAGUCUGCUCCUGAUGCACCUGCAGCACCUAAACCUGAUGCUACUCCUAGCAUAGAUCUCUUUGGUACAGAUACAUUUUCAUCUCCACAACCUGGAGCUUCUCCUGUGCCUGAGAGUUCUCUCACUGGUGAUCUUUUAUCUGUGGAUGCAUUUGCAGCCCCCUCUCCUCUACCCGCUGCCUCUCCAGCAAAGGUGGAUUCUUCAGGUGUGAUUGACCUAUUUGGUGAUGCUUUUGGAAGUAGUGCUUCUGAACCCCAGCCCACUACCCAGGCUGCUUCUAGUUCCUCAGCUUCUGCAGACCUACUUGCUGGCUUUGGAGGUUCCUUUAUUGCUCCCUCUCCAUCACCAUCCCCAGUCACUCCAGCUCAAACUGGACUACUACAGCCUAACUUUGAUGCAGCUUUUGGGACAACAGCUCCAACAACUGGCAGUUCAUUUGAUGCAUCAGUGUUUGAUGGCUUAGGUGAUCUUCUUAUGCCAACUAUGGUUCCUUCUGGUCAACCUGUAGCACCUACAGCCACACCAACAGUCCCUGCUGCAGCAGCAAGCAAAGGCCUUGGAAGUGAUCUUGACUCGUCUCUUGCAAACUUAGUAGGCAAUCUUGGAAUUUCUGGUACAACUUCUAAAAAGGGAGACCUGCAGUGGAAUGCUGGAGAGAAAAAGUUAACAGGAGGAGCGAACUGGCAGCCAAAAGUAGCACCUGCAACAUGGUCAACUGGUGGUGUCCCAGGUGGUCCUUUGAAAGGCUGGGCAAUACUGUACAGUGCGGGAGCUGUGCCUCCAGCAAGUGCUGUUCCUGCAGCAGGAGGUACUCCACCUGUCCCACAGCCAGGAGCAGCAUUUGGGAUGCCCCCAGCAGGUGCAGGGGUGCCCAUGAUGCCCCAGCAGCCGGUGAUGUACGGGCAGCCGAUGAUGAGGCCCCCGUUUGGAGCCGCCGCUGGCCCUGGUGUACAGUUGCCUUGUAUGAGACCAAUGGAACAGCUUUCUCCAAGCCCAACUCCUGCUACUCAGAGCCCCAAGAAACCUCCAACAAAGGACCCAUUAGCGGAUCUUAACAUCAAGGAUUUCUUGUAAACGAUAAGGUAUUCUGUGGCUGCCUGCUCGAGCAUGUCACACUCUGGUACAUGUCUGGCACACAGAUGUUGUUUAGGUUGAAUAUGACAGAUAAAAUCACAGCUGCAGAGCUAGAAACAUGCACUGUAACGAAAACCAAAUUCUCUGUCCAUACUCUCAACUUUAGCUUGAAAUCUUGACUCGCAGAUAAACUUUUCCUGACUUUUGCUUUUGGCCAAAAAAAAAAAAACAAACAAACAAAACACCUAUCUUUAAUUCAUAACUUCCAUUUUUUUCCUUGUCUCCUUUCUGUCCAAGCAUUCACAUUUGGGUAUUUUCUUGAAGCUAUUACUGAAACACAUAGAAUGACAGCAGGGUACAAAUUCUGGGUGGAGAGAAGUGGUGCCGAAGAGGCUUGUUUCAGUCUUGUGGGUGUUGAAACAGAUUUGGUAUCGUAGGUGUGAAGGUGUCAAAAGGGGAAAAACUUACAAAUUCUUGUCAUCAAGGGAAAGUUGCUUGCAGCUUUUUACUGCUGCCAGCUAAUGUUGUACCCUGUCAUACAAUUUUUCAAGGCACUGGAAAAAUUGAGUGUUUUCUGAGUGCUAAGGCUGUGAGGUCUUGAGCAGUGCUGUGUAGAGCAACAGUGGGGAAGAGUAGAGGAGUAAAUGCAAAGAAAAAUGGAGGAGAAGAAAAAAACUAGUACUGCAUAAUGGGAAGAAAUAAAGGCCAAAACAUUAUUCUGAUAGAUCUGGAAGGCCAAGUAGGAAUAUAAAAUUGAAUUAAA